GGUUUCAUGCAUGAACAAAGGCUGUUUUCUCGGGGGGUGCUACAGGUGCCAAUUAUCAUCGGGUAGUUGCUUGUCUGCCCAUUCACUCCUUCAAACACAGGCCACAGGUAGACACCACGACCCGCGAUCUUCUACACCAGGUUUGAGAGCUACAACGGACUGAACCAUGGCCUGCAAGCUGGCGAUGCUUCUGGGCCUGACCGCCCUCCUGACGGUUCUGAUGGUGGGCCCGGCAGACUCGGUCUGCUGCCACGCCUUCUGGCUCACCGGGAAGUGUAACGAUGGGACUCAUGGAACGCCAUACUGUGCAUACGGGCAAUGCGACUGGCUCGGAUGUAACUGCAAUGGCGGCUGCAGGCACAGGAAGAGGGGUGUGGAGGAGGAAGCCCGCAGCCUUCUGGAGCUGUUGCGCGGAGAACAGGAGGACACCGCCCCGGAGGAGGGCGCCAUAGCCGGCCGCCGGUUUGGGGACACCGGCCCGAAGGAGAGCGCCAUGGAUGGCCCCGGGUUGAGUGACCCCGACACGAACCACGACAUGAAGCUGUCCAAGCAGGAGGCGCUGGAGAAGCUGAAGUUGGAGGGGGAAGUGGACACCGACAACCUGCCCGCUGAUUGGUUCACCUCCAUGGACACCAACGGCAACGGGUUCAUUGACCCUGUGGAGUAUGACGAGGACGAGGCCAAAGGCCGGCAGUAAGAGCGCGGAGGACCCCGGAAUGACGAUGGUCCCACCGCGUCCUGGACUUCCAGCCGGGACUGCAGAUCAGCUGCAUAGAGUUUAGCUGCUUUUGCCUCAUUUAACCAUGACGAGGCUCGUGAAGGGGAUAUCAGAGAUCAACAUUUCAGGGUGUCUUCCCUGUGUUAAAAGA